AUGUCUAUGGAUCAUAUGAUGAAAGCUGGCGAACAGCCAUUCGUCUCAGAACCUGUAAAUUUCAGCAAUUUCGCCUAUUUUGCAAAAGCGUCUGCAGAAGAGUGUCGUUUAUUUGCAUCAGAAGAGAGGGCUAUCGAAAAUUUUCAAAAAACGACUCAUCUUUCAGACACAACUGCCAACGAAAUUCUCAGUCUCAUAGACGUUUCCGACUUAUGUCCUCUAGUAUUUAAUCGAGAGAUGGACGGUGGUCUGGAGAGAAACCCGCUGGUAUCACAGGCAAUUAUUUUGGACGAAAAUUCGAAAAGACGCAAUGCUCAGUUCAAAUCAAUCGCUCUCCGAGCUCUUCGAUAUGAUCACAUUGAACACAGUGCGUUGGCGAGAAAGUCCGCUCAUCAUUUGUUGCCGGAAGACGAUGUGAAGGAGGAAUAUGAAGAUUUCGAAGAAGCAGACGACGAUAUUCAAAUGUAUGAGCCAGACCCUGAAAUCAUUGUCAUCCCACAGGCAUCGACAAGUUCAAUGGAAAUCGAUUCAUCAGAAAAGGAUCUUAUAAUCAGUGUGUCCAUUUAUCUAGGAUACACUCGCGAACUUCAAUACCACGAAAUCCGGUUAGGACGUUUGCUAAAAGUCACAGAUCGUCUCGAGUUGACCGGACAACACACACUUCUCGAUCUUAAAAACGCAUUUUCGUGUCCGGCAGAUUUCGCAUUCCACGAAGAUUUCAGCGAGAAGAAGCCGGCUAUUCAAGACUUUGCGAAAAACAAGUGGCCAUCAUCAAUGUUCUUCAUUCACGACACUUUCUACGUUGAACCAGGAUUUGAGGACCCGUCAUUAACUAUCCGAAAUUGGGCUCAAAGCCGAAGCUACAUUGGCCCAAUGAAUGUCGAAUCAAUGGUAGACAAGAAGCUAGGAGAACUCGUAUGUCGGCUCGGCCAGCCAUAUGUCUACAUUCAUCAAGGCGUUUGUGAACAUCUCGUUGUUUUCAAUGAUUUGUUUUUGAGAGAUGAGUCACACGAGAACGUAGUUUUCCCACGUCGUCUUGUCGAACGAAAUUUCCGGAGAAUCGCCUGCGACAUCUGUAAAGCACGUCAGCUCAAACACGAGAAUUUACUCCCGAGUUCGCCAGGAUAUCUCUGUUCUUCAUGCUACAAAGAGUUCUGUUUCGAUGUUCACGGCAAGAAAGUGUCUCAAUUCAAGGCGGUUCCGUAUUGCGAUCGGAAGGAUAUCGGCGACGGCGGAAAGUUCAUUUCCGAGUUGCGCUUCGAAGCGGCUCAAGAGAAGUAG